AUGGCGAUGGAGUUCGUCGGACGUCCGAUGCUGCUUCUCACGCCGUCUAGGACAGUCUUGAUGCCACUGCAUCUCUGUCUCCGCCACUGCACCUCCGACUACUCCGCCUGUGUCUCCUCCUUUGUUAGCGGCUCCAUAUCUCCUCCUGUGCCUCAUACUGAUUAUAGAUGUUUUGGGACGCCCGUAAUACGAGAAAGGCAGGCGGUGAUAUCAUGGGCGUCGACGUGCUCCUCCUCGAUCAGAAGUUUGGAUCUUCUCGCCAAGCGUUUGGGGAAGAAGAGGAUCAUCGCUGAGACAGGAGCUGGUCAACACGGUGUUGCUACAGCCACUGUGUGUGCCCAGUAUGGUCUGGAGUGUAUUAUCUCUAUGGGUGCUCAAGACAUGGAGAGGCAAGCACUCAAUGUCUUCAGAAUGCGACUUCUUGGUGCCGAGGUGAGAGGAGUUCACUCUGGAACAGCCACAUUGAAGGACGCGACAUCCGAAGCGAUAAGAGAUUGGGUGACGAACGUUGAGACUACACAUUGCAUAUUGGGAUCUGUGGCGGGUCCUCAUCCUUACCCUAUGAUGGUCAGAGACUUUCACGCGGUGAUCGGUAAAGAAACGAGGAGACAAGCGUUGGAGAAAUGGGGCGGAAAGCCGGAUGUCAUGGUGGCUUGUGUCAGUGGUGGCUCAAACGCGAUGGGACUGUUCCAUGAGUUUGUGGAUGACGCAGAGGUCAGGAUGAUCGGUGUGGAGGCUGCAGGGUUCGGAUUGGACAGUGGAAAACACGCUGCCCCGUUGACAAAGGGAGAUGUUGGUGUUCUACAUGGAGCUAUGAGUUACUUGCUGCAAGAUGAUGAUGGUCAAAUCAUUGAACCUCAGUGAAGGGUAAGAGCCAAUCAGAACAUGCCUAAUCAUAAGUUUGCAGAUUGUUGAUUUGAUCACGGUUUGGUUUUCUCUUAUAGAUUGGACUACCCUGGAGUUGGACCGGAGCAUAGUUUCCUUAAAGACAUGGGACGGGCUGAAUACUAUAGCGUUACGGAUGAAGAAGCAUUGGAAGGUUUGUAUCAAUGUGUAGUCUCUGUCUUUUUCAUUAAAGUAAAAACGUGUUCGUUAACGCGAAGGUUUGUAGCGUUCAAUAGAGUCUCGAGGUUACAGGGAAUCAUUUCAGCACUGGAGACAUCGCACGCUCUACCACACCUUGAGAAGCUAUGUCCAACGUUACCAGAUGGAGCAAGAGUCGUCUUGAACUUUAGCGGAAGAGGACAUAAAGAUGUUCAGACUGUAGCUAAAUAUCUUGAAGUUUGAGGGAAAAUAAUAUAUUUUCUGAUUAAAAAAAUUUAGACAGUGAAAUCUUUUUGUACUUGUAAGCUAUUUGUACUUGUGCAUCUCCUGUCGGGACGUUUACAAAAAGAACGGAAACAGAAAAAGGAUACCAACCGAAGAUAACAAAAUUUGAAUAAAAAUUUUAAUUCUCAAUAAGAAAAACAUUCCAUAUUUUCUAAAAAGGUGGACUGAAACUCUUCUUCAGUAUGAUGUUCUCUCUUUUGUGUUCAAUUUUGAAGAUACAAGUAGCUCUGGGCAUUUCGAUUUUGGGUUCAGUUUUCAAUCUUUAUUUUAGAUAUUUAUGAUUUUUUUGGUUAUUUAUGAAUUUCAAUUUGGUUAAUCAUUGAUUAUUUAGGUUUUCAAUUCGUUUCGGACAAUAAAAUUGGAAAUCGGCUGAUUUAGAGAAAGUUUCAGGUCUAAUUAAUUCAGUUCUGUUUUUAAUAUAAAUUUGUUAAUUUAGAUACUUUCUGUGGAUAAAUUAGAUUUUUCCAAAAAAAGUUAUUGGGUAGUUCAGAAUUUUCAGAUAAUAUUGGAUAAUUUAGAUAAUUUGAAAUAUUUUGGAUAAAAAGACAUUUGGAUAAUUCGGUUUAAAAGUAAAUUGUUAGGAUAUCUGGUUAUUGUUAAAAUAAAGAAAUUAAUUAUUUUAGAUACAUAAACUAUGUUUUAACAUUUGAAUAUUCAUUAGGUUCCGAUUUGGUCUCGAUUUUUUUUUAUUUCAAAAAUGUAAGAUAUGUGCAAAUAUUUAUGAAAUUCAGUUUGGUUCUUCAGCUCUAGGUAAAUGUGUCCUUGUCUACAUGCAUGAUAUAGUUAUUUUGUAAAAAUGUACGAAAUUUUUAAAAGCCUUUUCCCUACACAGUCGAUUAUUUAUAGCUUAUGUUGAUUAAAUCAAUUUCAGCUUUGUUAUCUCUAACAUUGCAGCUAGACAUUAGCCUAGGCUAGAGCUCAUAUUUAUCCUCGCUAUUUCAUACAUAGUACGUGUUAGACAAUAAAUGUUUUGAAAUCUUUCCCUUCUUCUCUUUUACAUACUAAAGAUGUUGUUUUCUAAUGUUAUGUUAUUUAAUUCAUGCGUGAAACAUUUUCGUACAAAAAUCUAUUUUCACUAUUAUGUAACCCAAGAUGGGUAAGUCGUGACCAAAUAAUUUUUUCACAUCAAAAUUUUCUUUUACAAAAAUAUUCGAAACAAAAUGAUAUUUUUCUCUUUAUCUCAAAAAAUGAAUAUUGAUACAUUAAUUUGUAAUAAACUAUAUCCCAAAGUUUUAACCAAUAGCAUCUCGAAAAGACAAUUUUUUUUUAAAGUUUACAUUUUAACAAUAAACAAUGUAUUGAAAAUAUUUUAAAUUGUUUUUUGAAAUAAUGUGUUUUUUUUUUUGAAAUGGAAAAAUUUACACAUAUAUAUUUACUUAAUCUAUAAUUACAAGUUAGUUUCUUUCCUCAUUAGAUUCUUUAGAUUCAUCCAACUCCAGAAAUUACCAAAAAUGAUGUGAUGGCACCAUGAAAAAAUAAAUAAAUCAAAACUACUUAUGAAGACAGCAUGAUAUAUUUAGUCUUCAUAUACAAUAAUACGUACAUAAUUUAACUAAUAUGUUUAUUUUUAAAUAUAAUGAUUUAUAUUAAAUAUUUACUCUAACUAUUUACAUUUUUUUAAAUUAUCAUCCCGUCCGUAGGGCAGGCCGGCCCUAGUUUGUAACAUAAACAAUACUUUCUCUUUUUUUAAAAAAAUGUCAUUCUAACAUUUUUUUUGUUUCAAAAAUGUAUUCUACAUUUUCAAUCCAAUUUUUUAUACAUAAUAUUUCUUUUACCCUUUUAACAAACUAAUAGAUGUUUAUUUAAAUUAUUUUAUUUAAAUAAUCGUACAUUAAAUAAGCAUAUAUUAGUAUAUUUUAUUAUUUUUGUAAUCCGUGUGAAAUAUGUCAAAAUAACUUUUUUUGCAAAAAAGAUGGAGUAUAAACU